UUGGCACAACUGAAAUAUAGAUUUCAUUUAACUUUGCAGGGAGUUUUGUCUGAGAGGAAGUCUGUCAACAAAAGCCUGGUGUCUUUCCAGCAAAUUUACAUACAGUCUGUUGCUCUGUCUGUGGAUGAUGUCUCAAAGAAGAACGCUGCAUUUCUUCAGGGGAGCUCUGCUUCUUCUCCUGCCCUGGUUUGGCGGCCUGGUACUUGGGGAGGUCAACAACGACUUUUCAAACUGUCUUGAUUUUUUCUAUAAUAAAACUCCACCAACGGGUGUCAGCCCAGCAGGAUACGAGUCAAUAUGUCAGCGCUACAAAAAUCAGUACCGCUUUGCCAGCCUGUAUCACCGUCACAGUCGUGCACCACUGUAUUCCGCGUACAUACUCAGCCCUGCGGAUGGCAAACGGCCCAAUGCCACUUGGAAGUAUGAACCACAGUUGGCGUUUUCCCGUGCCAGCUCAGAGAUGGAACCCUUCAAUACCGUCAUCGACCAGAAUGUGAUUGAGAGCCAGGCAGUGCAUCAGGAUUACAAGAAUUCCAAGUACAGCAGGGGCCAUCUCAAUCCCAGCCUGCACCAGAAGACAAAAGAAGACAGAGAGGCCACCUUCACUCUGACUAACACUGUACCUCAGCAGGUAGGCUCCAACUCGGGCCCCUGGACCAAUCUGGAGAAUGAGGUACUGAGAAAAUUCAAGGCCUUCUGCAAAGGGCCAAUGUAUGUGAUCACCGGGGCCAUGCCAUAUGAGUCUGGAGCACACUGGAUCAAUAACAGGGUGUCUGUUCCUGAGUACAUGUGGUCUGCCUACUGCUGCCCAUCUUACAACGCCAGCAUUCCUAAGUCGGUGAAGCCGUUUUUCCCCACAUAUGCUGCAGUUGGAAGAAAUGACCGCAACAGUGGAGAGGAGAUUGUGCCUGUUAACAUGAAGGCAAGGGCCUCUGUGAGGGGCUAUGAUGUGAGGCGGAUGUCUUUAGAGGCUCUGGAGGGUAUCCUGAGCCAAAGGCUAGGCAUGCCCAUCCAUCUAUUUCACAACCAGUGUCAAUAACAAACAGGAACAACUUCAGUUCCUUGUUGAAAUCAUUUGUUAGCUGCUAUGUGUGUGCAUUGCAGUAGUCACCACAUGCAGCAUAUCUCCUCAGAAUGUCAACAGAUUAAAGAAGUCAAGAAAACUAGUUCUUCCUCUUCCUAAUGUGUGUUUGAUUAACCAUGAUUUUACUAAUAAAACAAGAAUGA